UUUUUUUUUUGUUAACUUUUAACUUAACUGGAGGCAGUUUAAUUUAAUUAACUUAAUGUCUUCUUUAAGUGAGUCCGUUUCACACUGGUAUUUCGCAAGUGAUGAACAGGAACCAUUCUCAGUACUACCCCUAAGAGAGUGUACACCAAAUCAAAUACAAGCGAAACUGGAAUUUUUAGAAAAAAGUAUUUUGUUACUUAGAUGCGAAUGCGAAGUAAUAGAAUUAAAUUCCAUAAAAGCACAACCCGAGCUGGCCGCUACAAUACGCAGACACAAUUGACGUAUCGUGGAUGCCCAAUGCUGAAGAACAUCGUGGAGCUGUAAUCGUUGCUAAAGUUGCAAGAUUAUCGAGAGAUAAGAUCUCUGUGAUUUUAAUGAAAUCGAAUAAGCCUGCUAUUGGCAGCAUGUAUAGUGUUGUUAGUUAGGCGAUUAAAAUGAAUAAGUACGUUUAGUAUAUUAUGAGCCAUUUGUUUUGUAUUAAGAAAAACCUAUUCUAUUCAUUUCGCUUGGCUUAUCUUACAGUGCAUAUAUGAACGCAUAAAAAACGCAUGUGCAAUAUGACGUGUGUAGGUACCUACUUUUGGAAUUUACAAAUUUUCAAGUUUUGAGCACAUUAUUAGCAUAUUUUUAUAUAAUUCAUGACCAGGGUGUGACAUCGUAGGAAAGACAUAGUUGAAAAAAAAGUAUCUGGGUCAUAGCGUGACUAGACUUCAUCCGCAGGGCAGCCUAACUAAUUAUCGGCGCCACCUAACCUAACCGAAAAACACCCAUUACCCCCUGGC